CCCUGAGCCGCCCGGACAGACGGAGCCAGCAGCGCCCAGGGCAGGCAGCCGCAGAGCGCCCGAGCUGAGCCCCGGAGCCAUGGCCCUGAGCGAGCUGGCGCUGCUCCGCUGGCUGCAGGAGAGCCACCGCUCGCGGAAGCUCAUCUUAUUCAUCGUGUUCCUGGCACUGCUGCUCGACAACAUGCUGCUGACCGUCGUGGUCCCCAUCAUCCCAAGCUACUUGUACAGCAUUGAGCAUGAGAAAGAUGCUGCAGAGAUCCAGACAGCCAAGCCAGUGCUCACAGCCUCCACCUCUGGCGGCUUCCAGAAUAUCUUCUCUUAUUACGACAACUCCACCAUGGCCACUGGGAACCACACUGGCGACUUUCACGGGGGGCUGCUGCCGAAGGCCACCACGCAGCGCAUGGUGACCAACAGGUCUGCUGCCCCUUCCGACUGUCCCAAGGAAGACAAAGACCUUCUGAAUGAGAAUGUGCAGGUUGGCCUGUUAUUUGCCUCGAAAGCCACCGUCCAGCUCCUCACCAACCCGUUCAUCGGACUGUUGACCAACAGAAUCGGCUAUCCGAUCCCAAUGUUCGCUGGCUUCUGCAUCAUGUUUAUCUCCACAAUUAUGUUCGCCUUCUCCCGCAGUUACGCCUUCCUGCUCAUCGCCAGGUCACUGCAGGGCAUUGGUUCCUCCUGCUCCUCCGUAGCUGGGAUGGGCAUGCUGGCCAGUGUGUACACCGAUGAUGAGGAGAGAGGCAACGCCAUGGGGAUCGCCCUGGGAGGCCUGGCCAUGGGGGUCUUAGUGGGCCCCCCCUUCGGGAGUGUGCUGUAUGAGUUUGUGGGGAAGACGGCUCCGUUCCUGGUGCUGGCCGCCCUGGUGCUCUUGGAUGGUGCCAUUCAGCUCUUUGUGCUCCAGCCGUCCCGGGUGCAGCCAGAGAGCCAGAAGGGGACACCGCUAACCACGCUGCUGAGGGACCCGUAUAUCCUCAUUGCUGCAGGGUCCAUCUGCUUUGCAAACAUGGGGAUUGCCAUGCUGGAGCCGGCCCUGCCCAUCUGGAUGAUGGAGACCAUGUGUUCCCCCAAGUGGCAGCUGGGCGUUGCUUUCUUGCCAGCUAGUAUCUCUUAUCUCAUUGGAACCAAUAUUUUUGGGAUCCUCGCGCACAAAAUGGGGAGGUGGCUUUGUGCUCUUCUAGGAAUGAUAAUUGUUGGAAUCAGCAUUUUAUGUAUUCCUUUUGCAAAGAACAUUUAUGGACUCAUAGCUCCCAACUUCGGAGUUGGCUUUGCAAUUGGCAUGGUGGACUCGUCAAUGAUGCCCAUCAUGGGCUACCUGGUCGACCUGCGGCACGUGUCUGUCUAUGGGAGCGUGUAUGCCAUUGCGGAUGUGGCCUUUUGUAUGGGAUAUGCUAUAGGUCCUUCCGCUGGUGGGGCUAUCGCAAAGGCAAUUGGAUUUCCAUGGCUCAUGACAAUUAUUGGAAUAAUUGAUAUUCUUUUUGCUCCUCUCUGCUUUUUUCUUCGAAGUCCACCUGCCAAGGAAGAAAAAAUGGCUAUCCUCAUGGAUCACAAUUGCCCCAUUAAAACAAAAAUGUAUACUCAGAAUAAUAUUCAGUCGUAUCCAAUAGGUGACGAUGAAGAAUCUGAAAGUGAUUGAGACCCUCCAGUCAUCCAAGUAUCUAGUUGUAUAAAACAGUGUUUCCAGUGAACUGACUCAUGCAGAACUGUCUUAGUCAUACCACUCAUCCCUGGUGAAAGUGAAACAACCAAAGGUUCUUUCUUUUUCCAUGGUUAUGAUCGAUUGCCAACAGCCUUAUAAAGAAAAAGCAGCUUUUCUAGGGGUUUGUAUAAAUAGUGUUGAAAACUUUAUUUUAUGUAUUUGAUUUUAUUAAAUAUUAUACAAUAUAUUUUGAUGAAAUAUAGUGUAAAUCUAUAAAUAUUUGAAUCCAAAUCAAAUAUAAUUUUUUAACUUACAUUCAUGAACACUUGGGCAAAAAAGUGUUAUAUUUUUUCUGAAUAUUGGUUAAUGAGUGUUUAAAACUAAAAGCACACAUUAUUUCUGAGACACUUCCAACAAUGAAAACCUAGAAGUCUGAAAAACAGAAUCAAGUAAGACAGCAUAUAUUACGUAAUGACACUGAAUGUUGAGUUAUUUAACUUGUAAUUACAGCUGACCUUGAACAACAAGGGUUUGGGGAUGCUGACACCCUAUGCAGUCAAAAACCUGUGUCCAACUUUCCAGCCGGCCCUCCGCAUCCACAGUUCCACAUCUGUGGAUUCAACCAACCUGGGGCCGUGUAGCACUGCAGUCUGUAUGUAUUGAAAAAACUCCGCAUGUUAAGUGGACCUGUGCAGUUCAAACCAUGUUGUUCUGGGGUCCACUGUACUAUCAAUCUAUUCAUGAGUUAGAAGUUCAUUAUCGCAAAUGCAGUGGACAAGAACUUGUCAGCCAUCUCAGAGCUACCCAUGAAUCUCAGCUGGCACUAGUUUGCUAAGUAAUUACCUACCUGGAAACAGAUGGUUGUAAAUUACAUGUUUAUGUCAUGUGGUUGGCAGCAAACAUUAAAGCCAGUAAGGGCAAAACAGUAAGUGUUCUGUAAGCAGAGAAAAGCACCUAGAUGUGUGGUUAUGCACAACUGGAAGCUUUCCCUUUCAAAUAUAUACUUGUCUUAUCAGCUGAAAGCAAACAGCAGAGAUGUACCUUAUACUGUCAAGGUAGUUUAAGCAUGAUGAGACCUAUCAACAUUUAUUUAGAAAAGAAAUUUAAAAGGCUAAUAGCUUCUGUGAUGUG